AUGAGGACGUUGUUGCUAUUCCUCUCCUUGAGAUCCCUGUUAUUGAGAUUUCCUCUGACUUUAGCUUACACCUUGCAGGCAGUUGGAUUGCGAUGUUAUGCCACUGAUUCUGAUGAUGAUACUGCCAUGUCAGCUGCACCAUCCCCUCCACACGAGCUUGAGCCUGGUCUUGAGCUAGACUUUGUUCUUGUCGAUCAGCCUGAUAUAGCACCUGUUGAUCCUGAGCCGAUACCUGAUCCUGAGCCUUUACCUGAUCAUGACCCUAUUCCUUUUGGCAUACCUGACAUUGCACCCCUCAGACCUGACCCAGUUCCUGCACCCGUUGACCCUCCUAUUAUUGAGCCACUCAUUCCUCCACUUGCACCUGCACCCGCUAAUGUUGCUCCUUUUCACCCUGCGGAGUCUGAUGUUUAUCGUGUCGAUUUACCAAUCGUUUUCUUGCAGGACAUACCCGCACCCGUCCAGGGGAAGGAUGAGUUACUUUAUUCGCUUCAGCUUCGAUUUGAAGUCAUGCGUCGCAGAGUCUUGGAGCUUGAGUCGAUACCGCGUCCCUUACCGUGUCCUUGUCAGUCUACUUUUGUUCCCCCUCAUUCAUCACCGCCUCCUUUCGCACGUCCACCUGCUCCUCUUACUCCUUUCCCAGAGUUUGAUGCUCGAUUCCUCACCAUCGAGCAGCAGGUCCGUUAUUUGCUUCGUCAUGUGCACAAACUCGAGGAGGAGCUUGCACAUGUCCUCAGUUUGAUUUUCCUCCCUCCUCCUCCUCCGCCAUCAGUACAGUAG